UUCCUCAACGACAGGUUUUUCCGUCAACGACCGAACUCCGCUGAGGCUGCGUUGCAGGCAAACCGGGACCUCAACCCAUAGGUAUCGGGAACCUUCACCAAAGCUCUUCCAUGGGUCACCAAAGUAUUGUCGCUUUGGGCGUUCGGCCGUAUGUUUUUGCAGCCGUGCCAGUGGCAUUGCUGGGAAGUAUCCUUUUAUUCGAGCAAAGCCGCUGGUUAUGGCACCGAAGGCACCGAAGACGGGCAAUUGAACGCCAUUGGGAGUAUAUUGACGGUCAAAUGAAGGAAGUCGAAGAGGUCGAGAAUGCCAAUGAAGCCGAGGAAGAGGAAGGCUUGGAACCUGCUAACCCAGACGAAACGCGCAAGGCUGUGGCAUUGUCGAGGGCACAGAUGGGAUUCUGGAGACAGAAAGUUUAUACAUCGUUGAAGUUCGCUGGACGCUUUGUCAAUCCGUUUUUGGAAUGGCGAGAUAAAAAUGCGACGAACAUCUGGGAAUAUGUCCGUUGGCAGCUUACAAGACAUAAUCGGAAUGGCAUCCCCAAGGACAAUAAGGUCUUGGCAGAGAGCCUUCCCACAGUACAACCGAACUGGGAACUGUUGCAAAAUUUCCAUAACCGCAGCUCAGUGGACGACCUUGAGGCUUCGUGGAUCACCUUGCCAUCACAUGGGUCCCGCCCGUCAAUGACAGUGACGUGGUUUGGUCAAUCGACUUGCCUAGUACAGAUGGAUGGAUAUAACAUCCUUACGGAUCCGAUAUUCAGCUCUCGAACUGUGGGCAACUGGUUAGGACCCCGCCGACUUCGACCGGUACCAUGUAAUCUCUCUGACUUGCCAAAGAUUGAUAUCGUACUUGUGUCGCAUGAUCAUUAUGAUCAUCUUGAUCGGGCAGUCGUAAAGGAACUUGGUAAUUCCGUCACUUGGUACGUACCUCUCGGUCUUCGUGACUGGUUUGGUAGCCACGGCGUUACAAAUGUGGUGGAGCUUGAUUGGUGGGAAGAACGCCUUCACGAAAAUACACUUCGCAUCAUCGGCACUCCAAUACAGCAUUGGAGUGGACGCCACUUCUUUGAUGUCAAUAGAACUUUGUGGUGUUCCUUUGUUGUGAAAGGCCCAACUAGUAGCUUCUUCCACUGCGGGGAUACGGGAUACUGUACGGCAUUCAAGGAAAUUGGAAAAAAGUAUGGCCCCAUAACUUUAGCUGCACUGCCUAUCGGCGCCUACGAACCACGAUGGUUCCUACGACACCAACACGUGGACCCCGACGAGGCGUGCCAAAUUCAUACCGAUUUGAACGCUUCUUACUCGAUUGGGGUGCACUGGGGAACGUUUAUGAUGUCAGAUGAGCAUUAUCUUGAUCCUCCUAAGUAUUUAGAAGAAAGCCGAAUACGAAGAAACCUUGCCGAAGGGACCGUCUUUACGUCAAGGCUGGGCGAGACAGUCUGCAUUCCAAAAUGAUGAUUAGGUGGAAGGGCCCCUGAUUGGGUUUUCUAGCUACGUCCGGCUGGCCCACAGUAUAUAGAUUCCAUAGCAACGACCGUACCAUAUACAUAAUACUGCAUGCAAGAUCAUAGACACUGAUGGCAAUCGCGAUUGUGAACAGAAUUACAGAGAUUUUAUAGUCCAC